AUGAAGCGGUGGCAACAGAGAAGACAUCUGGAAAAUGAAGCGUCCCAGGAAACUACUGAGAAGAGAGGAGGAGACCAGGAAACACAUGAAGACAGUCCCCAGCCUAAAUCCCCUGUAGCCCAGGUUCAUGAAAAAGAAGAAACUCCUGCACAGUCACAAUAUAUUUGCAUGCACGCUUCGUCAUCCUAUAAGACCUGUGGACCUUCUCUGGGUAUAAAUAAAGAGGAAACAGGCAUGAAAAUAUACUACAUGCAGGUACAAAUGAAAAAUGGUGUAGCUAUCUCCUGGAAGACAGAAGAAACCUCUGAGUCAGAAGAAAAGGAGCCAAGGUUGGGAGAAGUGAUCCUUCAUGAGAACACGCGAGUAGACACUCCUCCCUCUGAUGUGUCCACUAGAAACCUCCUGUCUGACAGUGAGCCCAGUGGGGAGGAGAAAGAACAUGAGGAAAGAGCAGAGACAGACAGCCCCCCAGGAUCACCUGAGGCUGAGGAACUACCCAGAGCCAACACACCUGACUGGCUGGUGGCAACUGAGAGUGGCUACAGGUGCAUGGCUUGCUGCCGGGUCUUUCCCACCUUGGAGAACCUCCAAGAACACGUGCAGUUUGGCAUCAGGGAAGGCUUUAGCUGCCACAUCUUUCAUCUCACCAUGGCUCAGCUGGCAGGGAGCACAGAAUCUGAGAGCACCCAAGAGAAGGGAGAAGAGAAAGAAGAACAAAAGGAGAACCAGAAUGAGGAUCAGCAACCCCCAGGAGAAGAUUGUAGCGUGAAGAGAUCCUGGAGCCAAUGUCCAGCCUAUUUGUUUAGUUCUUCAAAAGACAGGAAGUAA